CGCCCGUUCAUUGUUCUUCGUCAAAGAGAUCUGCGUAUGACUGGGUGCGCACGAGGCGGUCACGCAACUGAAGGGUCUCGGAGUAUAAAGGGCGCUUUGACGAUCAACGCUUGCUCCCCACCGUCUGCCACUCGAGCUCUAUCCCAUUGUCCAGCUUAUCCUAUCUUGUCUCGUCCUAACUCGUCCUAUUUCAUCGACUUUCGAAGCCACAUGAAGAUGCUUUGCCUUUCCAUUAGCGUUCGCCACCACGACCGCUCGAGCGCGCCGUCGGUGUCCCCAUUGAUGUGCGUCUGCGAUAGCCACUAUCGCCUGCCGUUGUCUAAUCAGUUC